AUGCGUCCUCAGCAGAUAUCAAACUGCUCCAACGGCCCGAUCGCCAAGCAUGGAAGCCAUUUGGAUAACACGACAGAGCAACCAAACGACGACAUCACGGACGUCUCUUGCACUCUGACACUGCGGCUGCCCCGGGUCACUCGAUAUAAUUACCCGCGUACGAGAGCUGAUGCGGCUAGGAGGUACAUGGCCGGGCCCGAAGGGAAUUCAUCAAUGAGAGAACAGAGGAGAGAGCACUACGAAUACGACGAAACCAGAGAGCGCCCCAAGGCAAACGAGAGAGGCGGCUACCACAAGAAAUCAUCUCGUCCACCGCGUCGCUGGGAGCAGGAUAGACCGGCUAGAGGCCGUGGUGGUGUCUAUCAUCGUCACUCCCCGUUCCUUCGAAACGAUCAGAAUCAAGGUGGAGGGAGAACCGCGUCCCUAUCCCCACACGACCAAUCUGUUUCUCAAGAACAGCGCAAGUCUUACCCAGAGCACCAGGUAAGGGCCAGACAAGGCGAGGAAGCACCUUCACAUUCACUCUUCCAGAAACACAAGCGACAGAAGAGUCCUUCACCACCUCUUUCGCGUCGCCACCAAUCUUCUGGCUGGGGGAACCGUGGCAGUGGAGACCACGCCGGGAGAUAUGGGAAAUUUCGAGGCCACCACGCUUCUUCAAAGAGAUUUCCUCCGCGAGAUAAGGAGAAUCGACAAGCUAACAAUUUUACCGAAGAUCCCGCAGUCAGAAGCCCUCGACCAUAUCCUCCCUCUUCCGACGAGCAGAGUCGUCCUACCGCUUCUCCAGGGCGCCCGCUCACCCCCGUUCUCACUCGCAAUAUAGAAAACCCUUCCCGCCCGCCGUCGCGAUUUUCGUUUACCUCUAGAACCUCUCCUCGGCCUUCCCCGUCCGUAUCAUCCACUCACCCGAUAGGAUCGAUCGCGAGUGGCCCUACAAGGCCUAAUUCUUCUCCUCUACGUCUCGCGAGUGUUGGUGUCGGUGACGCCAACAAAUGCAUGGUUAUUCGCCUCCGUACCGACAAUCAAGCUAUCCGCCUCAGAGCGCGCCACCAAGCCAGUAUUAUCAGGGCCAACCACCCAGCUCAGGCCAUCUUCCGCCGAGCUAUUCAGCCCAGCCAUACAGGGGAAGCAGUUCCUCAUAUCGCGGUAAUAAUUACAAUCCUCAUCACUCAGAUCGAAGAUUCUCUAGUGGAUCUCAGCAGUAUUCUAACCAAACGUCAGGCUCACGUUCUCGCGGUUCACAUCUUGACGCUGUAUCAUGGAGCAGUCGUGGCCGUGGUGCCCAUCCUGGUUCUCAUCCGCAACCGCCACAUCCCCAGCCAUUCCCCCCUCAACAUCACUUAUCCGAUGAACGAUUGUCACCCGAUAUUGACGAAGAAGACAACCCGUUUCGUCCAUCAAAAGACCUACAGCACCACCUCACAGCCAAAGGAAUCUGGGAAAUUUAGCUUUGCAUUUAAGUCCAAGGCUACACCAUCUCAAGCUCCAAAGCCUAUCCCUGACCUAACCCAGAAGAUGCGUGAUCCUCCUCGGCCUCUAGAAAUUCCCAAGACACGGCCGCAAUCCGUGACUUCCAAAUUGAAGCAUGAGACCCGUCCCGACCGUCGGGAUGAUCGACGUGAUGCACGACGAGUAGAUCGACGAUUUGAUACUUGGGACGAUAGACGACGGGACCGACGAGAAGAACGGCGAACGGAACCACGACCUGAGAAACGAAAAGAGCGAAUAGUCGAACGUAUCAAGCCAAAGAAGAAGAUUCUAACCCGAAUGAAAGCCCGACCUACGCUCUCUGAAGAAUUUUCGCGUGCGGACUCUGUAUAUUAUCGCAAACCUGGGAAUGAAUCCGUGGUGGGAGCUGGUACUUAUGGUAAAGUCUUCAAGGCUGUGCAUGUUUUUACUAAGAAUAAGGUCGCUUUAAAACGGAUACGAAUGGAAGGAGAGAAAGAUGGGUUCCCAAUCACUGCCGUUCGGGAAAUCAGGCUUCUUCAGCACCUUCGCCAUCAGAAUGUUGUCAGUUUACAGGAGGUUAUGGUGGAGAAAAACGAAUGCUUCAUGGUGUUCGAGUACCUUUCUCACGAUCUUACCGGUCUUAUCAACCACCCGACUUUCAUACUAUCCGCUGCACACAAAAAGCACCUUGCCAAACAGAUGUUCGAAGGAUUGAACUACUUACACCAUCGUGGAGUACUUCAUCGUGAUAUCAAGGCUGCAAAUAUCCUCAUCAGCAACCAAGGCCAACUCAAAUUUGCGGACUUUGGUCUUGCAAGAUUUUUCUCCAAGUCACGCCAACUCGAUUAUACUAACCGUGUUAUCACAAUAUGGUAUCGGCCUCCGGAAUUGUUACUUGGCGAGACUCGAUACGGUCCUGCGGUUGACAUCUGGAGUGCUGCAUGCGUAUACAUGGAGAUGUUUACCAAAAAGGCGAUCUUCCCUGGCGAUGGCAGCGAGUUGAGCCAGAUGGAUAAGCUCUACAACUCCCUUGGAACCCCAACAAGGGCAGACUGGCCAGACAUUAUUGACAUGCCAUGGUUUGAGCUCAUGCGACCUGCGGAAAGAAAGAAGAGGGCAUUCGAGGACUUAUAUCGUGACUGUUUAUCUCCUGCUGCUCUUGACCUCGUUGCCAACAUCUUCCAGUAUGAUGCUAGCAAAAGGCCGUCUGCCGAGGAAAUUCUUGCCCACCCUUACUUUGUGUCCGAGGCGCCAGACGCACAGCAAGCUAUGGAACUUGCAGAUGUAGAAGGUGAUUGGCAUGAGUUCGAAUCCAAAGCUCAUCGAAAAGAGAAAGACAAGGAAGCUCGUCGUGCAGAGCAGCGAGAGAGAGAAAAGCGCAAAAUGGCUGGCAGCACCGACCCUAGCGAAGAUAGGGAUACCAAACGUACUCGGCUUGAGGACAGCGCUCCCACGUCCCAGGGCCAAGAAACAGAAUAUUAA